AUGCUGUUCACCAGUCUGCAUCCAGGAGGCAGUGUCAUCGCGAUUGAUUCAUGGUGGGAUUUGAUUGAACUGACUGAACUUCGACGAUUGGCUCACGAUCAUCCCAUCUUGUUUGUGAUUGUUCCACCUCGUGAGGUCUAUGAAGCGCGUAAACUAGCUCGGAAGACUCAGUCAAUCCCGAAAAUUCGAGCUCCCUCUUCGGCCACCCGUGAAACCAAACCAGCUCCCAUCAUGACGCGAGCAUGGUAUCGUAGAUCCAGUGCUAUCCUGCGCAAAGAUAACAGUUGCUUAAAGCAGUCACGUCCAUCGGUUGAACUGGACAACAAAAGUGGGUCAUACAACAAUUCCGCAAAAUCUACCGAUCGUGCUCGCGGAGAAUCCAGUGGUGCGAAUGCCAAUGGGGACUCGUUAAAUCCAACCUUGUUGCGUAAACUAUUAGAAUUGCCCCAACUCCAGGGAACCGUGACUACGGGAGAUACAGAAAACACUUACGAUCGAACUGGUGAACGCGAAUCCAAUCUCAUGUCUAGCACCACAGAUCCAAUUAAUUUAUUAGAUCAGAGUGAAUUUCACUCCAAGCUUCUCUCCAUUCUUGUGCACUUGGGUUUCUUGUCCCAAGGUACAACACAAACAACUGGAUUGGAUCAUAUCCAAAAAUCACUUCAAAUGGAUACCAGUAAGGCAAAAUCUACCGGUGGGCCUGGACUGCCUCGCACGGUCAGUGGUUCAAUCGAGCCAUUAGACAAGAUUGAAGGUGCCCUGGUGAAAUACGAUAACGGGUGA